CAACAGGUUUUACUACAUCUCCCUACGCAGUUGGUGGCAUCUUCACUCCACACUGGAGGAGGCGUGCUUGGAGGGCUUUUGCCUCUCGUAUAGUAUGCAUGCUAAAGGCCGUGCGCAGGUGCGCCUGCUCAGCGUUGCCUUUGUUGUCAGUGGUCCGUGAGGCACUUACCAAAACACUGAAGCUUCCAGGACACGUCCCAAGAGACCCGUGUGCAUGCUCCGGCUCCACAAAGCAGGGAGUGGAUUGAUGCAUGCCCAAAGCUCUGCUUCCACACCCACGUGUGCUCAUGCUAGUGCUGUGGUGACCUCCUUGAAGUUUGGGCAUGCUUUGGAUUUUGACUUAUGGAUCUGGGAACCUGGGUGUAAUUUUCAGGUUUGAAAUGUGCGAGCUCUGCUUCCAUAUUGCGCAUGCCCACUCCUUCCAGUUUCCUCUGCGUAGACCUAACCGGGCUUUUGUCCGACACGUCCAAAAGGUCCUGCUAGUGGCCUUCUUACCUGGUGCGCGUGCCCAGACAAGAGGCGGGGUGCACACAGUGAGGACCGGGAAAGUGUUUAAGUCCAAUAUACAACUUCAAGGGGACCCACUGUUCUACGCCUUCCCCAACACAUUUGUGCUCAAGAACGUGUGCAAGGCUGACAUUUCUGUGUAUCUAGGGCAGAAAGUUUUCUUGACGAUAGACAACUUUGAGUCCAGCCUCUUGCCGCUCACCGUUCCCAAGUCAUUGGCGGUGGGGGUGCCAUCAAUCACAAGCGCCCACUUUGUCUCCGGCUCACUAGUACUGUUUGUGAUCAGUGGAAAAGGCUACAGUUACGAUUACUAUGAGAACACCUGGCGUAAAUUGGAAGGUAUAUCAGAACCUGUCUCUCACAUUAGUGGUGACGUUUGUUGUUUCAAAGGCUCCUUUUGCCUGGAGUUAUCAAAUAACCUGUUUGCAUAUCUCCGUGGUGGCCAGAUCCCUGGGACCAACAUAUAUUUCUCUGACAAUGGAGGAUUUUCAUUCCAGCUCAUGAAUACUGACAAACUGAGUCACCUGACAGGAACACUAGGAGGCAUCUUCCACUUACAUUCCAUGUCUCAGGUGGGGGUACUCAUGGUUGAAAAUAAUUUGGGCACAUUUCAUUACAUGGAGUACCCCCUGAACCAUAGUAUGGGGAUAGCCUUUUCAUACAAGAAUCUCCUUGAAGUCAUUAUGAAACCAUACCAGAGGGGGUUUAUGGUCCUCUGGAAUCAGAAAAGUAUAUUGGUGUCCUCCAAUUCAGGCCAGAUUGUUGAACACGUGCGGCUGAUAGAUCAGAAGAUCUUUACAGACUUAGAUGUCGAACAUGCCAACAUCAACAUCUACAGUGUUGCCUCAAAUGCUUACGAGCUGGCUUUUUUGGUAGCAGAAGAUCAUCUGUACUAUGGAAGUCAGAGUUACAUGGGAACCUAUGUAAUCAAAGUGUGUCUGAGGGUUUGGCUAACGCUGCCCCAUCAGCCUCUCUGGUCUACACACACAAGCAUCUACUUUGAGGACAUCGGCAUACUGCAGGUCCUCACCCCUGUUGCUGACCCACACUUUGCAGCCUAUGACUUCGACAAGUGUACAGUGAAUGUGCAGUCCUCUCUCAUGGAUGAAAAGCUGGCGCUUCAACCAUGUAAUGUGGAACUUCUGGAAAGCACCAUGAUAAAUACAAUGUUUACAAUAGACAUGAAUAGCAAGCUGAAACUGUCUGCCCUCAUGAUACCCCGGAAGGGCGAGAACCCUACCCCUCUGGUCAUGGUCAGCAAUCCCCAUGCCCUGGGGUUUAAGGCAAACCUCAAUGAGUUUGGCAAUACGUUUGAUGGCAACUCUAAGUACAAACUGGAUAUUGAACUCAAACAGCAGCAUCACUGGGGCAACUCAGAUUUCAACUUCACUGCCAGCAUCAAGCGCCAUGCCAUCUCCUCUGUAACCGUGGACAUAGCUGACAAGACACUUUCGUGUGUGGACCUAAAGCCUCUGUCCACGCUCAUCUCAGUUGGCUGUGACAUGACAAAGAAAAUUGUUGUGCAAAACAAGAUCUCCGCCUGCACCAUGGGAAUCCUGAACCCCGUGCAGCUGCAGAAGAACUAUACUUACACCAUUGAGAAGUAAGUCCCACGCUGCACACCUCCCAGUCCUCCACACCCUGGGAGAGAGACCCCAGGGAACAAGGGUGAUUGAUUUAAAACUGAAUCGGCCCAGGGGCACCUUGCUAGUGGGACGGUUGCUGUGCAGGGGGGCCCUCCCUUCACAAGGCUUCUCCUUUGAUAUGGCAUGUUGCCUCAAAGCGAAGCCUCAGCCACCGGAAUCAGAGUAAAACCAAGAUCCAGCAUUGAAGAUGUGGUCCCAAGCUCAAUGCCCCACAUCUGGGACUCACCCAGGACCCUCUGGGCUCCCACAGGGCCUUCACAGCUCUGCCCUGUGCAGCACACACAGCUUGUGGGCUAGACGCAGGCAGGUUCCACCUCACACCCGCUGCUGUCCUCAGUGGUCGCCCCCCCCCCCCCCCCCCGUCCCGGAAUCUUCUGUGAAAAGAGGCCACACUUUGACCAAUGCCCUAGCACAGGCUCUCACCAUGAGGCCAGACCUCACCCUCUCUGUGUGACCCCUCAGUCAGGGGCCAUCAACUGCCACUGAGGCUGAACCUUCACCAAUGGCCUCUUGUGGCCUCUCAGUGCCUUCACGCUGUCAGAACCAGCCCCACCUGGGUGACCCUUGCAUGUUACCGAGUUUUUGCUGCAGCACAAGGUAUGACCUUGGCCGCCUGGAACCUUAGCUUCUGUGUACUGACUCUGAGGAAACACUUCUCAGAAGAUUUUUGCCUCCAUGAUGCGAAAGCCCAGUGGCUUGCUUUUAGCUUGCUUAUAGAACCUAGGACCACCGGCCCAGGGAUGGCUCCACCCACAAUGGGCUGGGCCCUCCCCCAUCAGUCUUACCAGACAGGAGUCUGGGAGAAAGAAGGUGGAGCAGGUCAGUCCUGGGCUGGGGAGAGUUCAGUGGCGGUCAGGACUGAGUUCAACUUCUGGAACCUGUGAUUUAGAAAAUAAACAAAUAUGAGUUGC